CCUCAGCGGCUCCGAGCUCGGGCCGGGGGCCGCGUCCUUGGCCCAGGACCGCGCGCCCGGGAGCCACCCUCAGGGUGAUGUGGAGCUCGCGGGCUGCUUGGCACGUCAGGUGUCCCACCGAGGAGCGGCCGUGGGCCGAGGGCAAGACCUUGGCGAUCCGGACUCCAGGCUUAUUUGCAUUCGGUCUUUUUUUUUUCUUUCCCCCCUCCCCGGGGAAACUCAUCAAGCGUCCCGCGUGACGCUGAGCCUCAUGCCAGCGGCUCUGGGCGCUCCGGCCCUCUUUGCCUCAUCGGGAGCAACCACCUAGGUCUUUGCUUCUUAGUUCACUGACAGCUCCCCCCAAAGUUAGUCCCCGGGAGGUGACGGAGCCAGGACCUGCCAAGUGUCCCUCGGUUCCAACCUCCCUAGGCCCGGUCUAACACACACAACGUGAGCGCUUCCGUCCAGCCCUCUCUCUGGCUUUUUCUUUAAAUUUUCUGUGAUUCUCUGAAUUUGCCCGCCUUUCCCCGGUGCUGGCCAGCGUGGGGAUGUGCAGCCCGGGCCGUGUGUAUGGCUCAGGAGAUCAUGUGGUGUGGCCCUGCCAAGGCAGCUGCACACGGCACUUGACGUUCAGUAAAUCUAUAGCAGGCUAACGUUGAAACUGAUAAUUUUGCAUGACCAGUGCAUGACGUUGUAAGUAUCCCGAUGGCCCUUGGCGGAGAAGAGGUCCCCACCCCCGUCGGGAAAGUGCGCUGAGAGUAGGGAAGGCAGGCCCCUUUCCCCAGGACCAUCGCGUUUGAAACAACCGGUGAUCUCAACUGUCUCUUCCGGGGCAGGAAAACCUCCCUCUGAACUCGCUUUUCUCUCCUUGCGAUGGCAGCAGGGACCAAGCAACAACAGCCCUUGGACAGAUGCUAAGUGUUCGUUGACCUCUGCGGAGUCAGAGACCUUGACAUUGCUGGAACUCCCGGCCUAGCUGGCCCCAAGCCACGCGGCGAACAUUCGUGCCUCCCUCUUCACUCUUCCGUGGUCGGCCGACCGGAUCAGCACCCGCGUGUUUGUCUCCCAAGCCCGCCCCCCGAGAUCUGCAUGUGCUGUUUCUCAGCGCUCGGAGGACAGUGAAUUGUUACCACUCAGCCACAUAGCCCGCCAUCUCCAGAUCUCCAGUUGCCCCUAACAUCACGCCUCAUCCCGCUCUGUGGCUUCCUAAAUGCCCAUCUUGUUGGCCUGGCUUCAAUUGGUGGCAUGGAGGGGUGCCGCCGAGCACUGACCUGGGAGUGUGUGUGACCCACUGACCCAAUGGACAUCAAAGGCCAGUUCUGGAAUGAUGACGACUCGGAGGGCGACAAUGAGUCAGAAGAGUUUCUCUAUGGAGUUCAGGGGAGCUGUGCAGCCGACCUGUACCGACACCCGCAGCUGGAUGCAGACAUUGAAGCCGUGAAGGAGCUCUACAGUGAGAACUCUGUGUCCAUCAGAGAAUAUGGAACUAUCGAUGACGUGGACAUUGACCUGCACAUCAACAUCAGCUUCCUCGAUGAGGAAGUCUCCACGGCCUGGAAGGUCCUCCGGACAGAACCCAUCGUGUUGAGGCUGCGAUUCUCCCUUUCCCAGUACCUCGAUGGACCAGAGCCAUCGAUUGAGGUUUUCCAGCCAUCGAAUAAGGAAGGGUUUGGGCUGGGUCUUCAGUUGAAAAAGAUCCUGGGCAUGUUCACAUCCCAGCAAUGGAAGCAUCUGAGCAACGAUUUUUUGAAGACCCAGCAGGAGAAGAGGCACAGUUGGUUCAAGGCGAGUGGCACCAUCAAGAAGUUCCGAGCUGGCCUCAGCAUCUUCUCACCCAUCCCCAAGUCUCCCAGCUUCCCUAUCAUACAGGACUCCAUGCUGAAGGGCAAGCUGGGUGUGCCAGAGCUUCGGGUUGGGCGCCUCAUGAACCGCUCCAUCUCCUGCACCAUGAAGAACCCCAAAGUGGAGGUGUUUGGCUACCCUCCCAGCCCCCAGGCAGGUCUCCUGUGCCCCCAGCACGUGGGCCUCCCUCCCCCAGCGCGGACCUCUCCUUUGGUCAGUGGUCACUGCAAGAACAUUCCCACGCUGGAGUACGGAUUUCUCGUGCAGAUCAUGAAGUACGCGGAGCAGAGGAUCCCAACGCUGAACGAGUACUGCGUGGUGUGCGACGAGCAGCACGUCUUCCAGAACGGCUCCAUGCUCAAGCCAGCUGUCUGUACUCGGGAGCUGUGUGUCUUCUCCUUCUACACGCUGGGCGUCAUGUCUGGAGCUGCAGAGGAGGUGGCCACAGGAGCAGAGGUGGUGGACCUGCUGGUGGCUAUGUGCAGGGCAGCUUUGGAGUCCCCCAGGAAGAGCAUCAUCUUUGAGCCUUACCCCUCUGUGGUGGACCCCACUGAUCCCAAGACUCUGGCCUUUAACCCCAAGAAGAAGAAUUACGAGCGACUUCAGAAAGCUCUGGACAGCGUGAUGUCCAUCCGGGAGAUGACGCAGGGCUCGUAUCUGGAGAUCAAGAAGCAGAUGGACAAGCUGGACCCGCUGGCCCACCCUCUCCUGCAGUGGAUCAUCUCCAGCAACAGGUCACACAUUGUCAAACUACCUCUCAGCAGGCAGCUGAAGUUCAUGCACACCUCACACCAGUUCCUCCUGCUGAGCAGCCCUCCCGCCAAGGAGGCUCGGUUCCGGACCGCCAAGAAGCUCUAUGGCAGCACCUUUGCCUUCCAUGGGUCCCACAUCGAGAACUGGCACUCAAUCCUGCGCAACGGGCUGGUCAACGCAUCCUACACCAAACUGCAGCUGCACGGAGCAGCCUAUGGCAAAGGCAUCUACCUGAGCCCCAUCUCCAGUAUUUCCUUUGGAUACUCAGGAAUGGGAAAAGGACAGCACAGGAUGCCUUCCAAGGAUGAGCUGGUCCAGAGAUACAACAGGAUGAACACCAUCCCCCAGACCCGAUCCAUUCAGUCAAGGUUCCUGCAGAGUCGGAAUCUAAACUGCAUAGCACUUUGUGAAGUGAUUACAUCCAAGGACCUCCAGAAGCACGGGAACAUCUGGGUGUGCCCUGUGUCCGACCAUGUCUGCACACGGUUCUUCUUCGUAUACGAGGAUGGGCAGGUGGGCGAUGCCAACAUUAAUACUCAGGACCCCAAGAUACAGAAGGAAAUCAUGCGUGUGAUCGGAACUCAGGUUUACACAAACUGAGGGGGCUCCAGCCCUCCUUCCACCCCCGGCCCCCUGGCCCCGUCUGCCCUGAUGAAAGGGCUCAGGAGCAGCAGGUGAGGCUGCCCUGAAGAAUCAAGGGGCCGUCACGCGGGGGCAGGGCAAGGACAGAAGAGGCGGCCACCGUGGUGGAGACCCACCCAGGACCCACUCCACGUCUGGAUGGCCCCAACCGACUCCAACCCCCGGCUUCCCCACUUGACUUUCCCCUGUUUGUAAAUAAACCAAUAAAAUGGAA